GAUGAGGCAUCCAAUGAUUUAGAGUGAUGAUAAAUAGGACCAUCUGUUCAAGAACAAGAAAAAAAAUUCUAAAAUGGAUUUUGGGCUUGGACGAAUCUGGGGUAGCCUAUACAUGGAACGGCUUUCAUAGAUUUGAAGCUGUUCAUGUAGGUGGUGAGAGCUGUUUUUGUUCUUGAAUGUGAAAGGAUUGGAGUUCUCUAGGAAAUUAUCAGGCGCUGCAACAAGAUUCAGGAAUGGUGAGAGGAGUCACAGCUACCGUGCUGAUUGUGCUGUCAUUGGCAUAUCAGGUCAUCCGCCCUCCGCUGCCCAAAACUUGUGGCUCUCCAGGCGGUCCGCCUGUCACGGCGCCCCGAGUAAGGCUCAGAGAUGGCCGGAACUUGGCCUACAAAGAGCAAGGAGUACCGAGAGAAUUGGCCGAACACAAGAUCGUCUUUGUGCAUGGCUCUGACUCCUGUAGGCACGAUGCAGUGAUAGCAACCGAUGUUUCCCCGGCGUUUCUUGAGGAAUUGAAGGUGUAUGUCUUGUCGUUCGAUAGACCGGGAUACGGAGAAAGCGACCCCGACCCAAAAAGGACACCGAAGAGUCUGGCUCUGGAUAUAGAAGAGCUUGCUGAUCAGUUGGGACUGGGAACCAAGUUCUAUGUAAUUGGGUACUCCAUGGGAGGCCAGGCUACUUGGGGUGUCCUCAAGUAUAUCCCCCACAGGUUAGCCGGAGUAGCUUUCAUCGCUCCCGUGAUCAACUACUGGUGGCCUGGGUUUCCCGCCAACUUAUCCACAGAAGGCUACUACUUGCAGCCACCACAGGACCAGUGGGCACUUAGAGUGGCUCACUAUGCCCCUUGGCUCACCUACUGGUGGAACACCCAAAAGUGGUUCCCCGCAUCCAGUGUUGUCGCUCGCGCCCCCCACAUCAUGUCCCGUCAAGACAUGGAAGUCAUCCCAAAGAUGGUUGGGCGCCGCAAGGACGCGCCAUUGGUGAACGCAAGGCAACAAGGAGAAGCCGAGUCCAUCCAUCAGGACAUGACGGUCGGUUUCGGGAGUUGGGAGUUCGAUCCUAUGGACAUUGAGAAUCCUUUCCCAGACAAGGAAGGAUCGGUGCAUCUGUGGCAAGGCGAUGAGGAUAGGCUAGUCCCCGUCUUGCUUCAACGUCACAUUGCACAAAAGCUUUCGUGGGUUCAGUACCACGAGCUACCCGGUGCCGGGCAUUUGUUCCCUUAUGCUGAUGGAAUGAGUGAAGCUAUUGUAAAGGCACUUAUAGUUGGUCAGAAGCAGAGUUGAUUUCCUGCUUAAGCUCUUUUUUCCCCUUUUCCUCUGUGUUCUUGAGAUGGUUUGUUCUUGGAAGAGUGUGCUCUGCACCGAAUCAUUCACAGUUAUUACAGUUAUAAUAUAUCUCGAGUUUGAGC